ACAACAGCUGAUAGAAACUGUAGAUGCAGAAGUAGAUGUAAAUUUUGAUUGAAGUUUUGAUUCAAAUUGAAGACAUCAUGUUUACUUUCAAUCUUAGUGAAUUUUCUACAAUUUAAUUACUUUAACUUACUAAUAAGUCAGAUGCAAAAAUAUUUAUGAUCCUCAAUUUUGAACUUUUUUAUUUGUAAUUCAGUUUAAAUAUUGUUUAUGUGCACUCCAUUUCACCGCAAGUUAAGUGCUGAAAAAUGGCUUACUCAAAUGGUGGAGUGUCUAGCAGUGGAUAUAAUUUUAAAAUUGUGCUUCUUGGAGAAGGUUGUGUAGGCAAAACAUCAGUAGUUUUGAGGUACGUCGAGGAUAAAUUCAAUGAAAGACAUAUCACCACUCUACAGGCUUCAUUCCUAAAUAAAAAAUUGAAUAUUGGUGGAAAACGUGUUAAUUUAGCUAUAUGGGAUACAGCGGGACAAGAAAGAUUUCAUGCUCUUGGACCCAUCUAUUACAGGAUGUCAAAUGGUGCUAUUCUAGUGUAUGAUAUAACCGAUGAAGAUUCUUUUCAAAAGGUGAAAAGUUGGGUCAAAGAGUUGAAGAAAAUGCUUGGAAGUGAUAUUUGUCUUGUGAUAGCUGGAAACAAGAUAGAUUUAGAGAAACAACGAAAUGUUCCUAUUGAAGAAGCUGAAGAGUACGCGAAAUCGGUGGGCGCAAAGCAUUUUCAGACGUCGGCCAAGCUGAACCAGGGCGUGGAGGAAAUGUUCCUCGACCUGAGUCAGCGCAUGAUGGCGCAUGCGCAGGAGCAGGACGCAAGCAGCGGCGGUGUGCGACGCACGAACAGCAUGCGACGCAACGUGGUCGUGGUCGACGAUGAGGCAUGCGAUGAGGCAAGCCAGUCGCAGCAGACGACGCGCAUCAGCUGUUGUGGAGCAACCUAACCUAGCCUAGCAUGUUUGCAACUGGUUGCAGCACGUCAAUCGCGCGUUCCUAGCUGAUCAUCUGUUCUCAUCACGACGAGUUUGUAAAACAAGGGGUGUUGAAGAGCUCCUUCUCAACUAACUUGUCUCCAAUAGAGGUGCUUGGUAUGUAUUAAAAAUGAAAUGAAAUAGCCGUGUCUUUAAAACAAUUUUGAAUAACUAGAGGUGUUGAAGCGCCCCUUCUCCCCUUCUCGAUCAAUUUGUCUCUAUAAGAGAUGUAAAAAUAAAAAUAAUCUGUUUCCCAAGAUCAAUAGUUGAUGAGCUUGUGAGAAGAUUGGAAUAGGAAAACUUGGGGUUUCCUGUUGUAGUUCCUCUUGGGAAAAUCGUAUUUUUAUGUAUCUGAUCAAUCGGCAAUAGUGGUUGUUCGGCUAUCAAACGUGAUUGACGUACCUGCAACUAAUUGUAUGUAAGAUAUUGUGAUAAUCGAAUAUAAAUAUAAACUGUACCAUAGAUGCAAGGUUUGACUACUAGUAAGAAGCAUAUUUUGAAGUUUGCUUCUAUAGCCUGACACUACUAUGACAUGAUACCAUAGAUGUUGAAGGUAUUUGAGAUAAUCUUGAUUCAUGAUAAUGAUGAUUUAAAAUUCCAGUCAAUAACUGCGGUCAAUUUUAAUUUUAUCGUUUCAAAGGUUAACUGGCAGAUGAAAUCAGUUGAAUCUUCAAUCAUUGUUUCUAAAUAAUUAUAUUAAAAAUUAUAGUAAUGAUUAAUUAUUGUUGUAUGCUAUAUUGGAAGCUUAAAGCCGCUAUAAUAAUUUUACCAGAAACAUUUAUAUUUCCAUAAAUAGUCUAUCCUUCUUCUAGGAUCUAUAUUGACUGUUGAGAAGACUUUAUUAAUGGGAAUAUUGAUGAACUGAACGUAAAAGGGUGCUGUUAUAGUGAGGAGUAAUAAAUGCGAAAAGAGUUUGGAGUGGUACAAAAUUAAUGACACUUGACAAAGAUGUAAUAGAGAGUAAUCCGGUUCCAUUACUGUUCUAUCUUGUGUUGUUAUUUUACUACUGUUUAUGGAGGAAAAUUUAGAUAACAUUUGGCUUGAUAAUUAUAAUAAUGCUAGGUAUAAUAAUUAUAAUAAUGCUACCCAGUCAUUUCAGAAUCAAAAAUAUUUACACAAAAUGACAAUGAUAAUUUUAUUAGUUAACGAUAUCGUAUCUUAUAGCCUCUUGUAUUGGCGAAAAUAUUAUUUAUGUAAUUGAAGAGACUUGAAAUGUUGUCAAAAAAUUUACUUCAUUUUAAUUAAAAUUAUUAUCUCACAGGAGCAUGCUUUCUUGAUUCAAUAUUCACGCUACAAACUUAUUUAUGUAAUCUUGGUGGAAUCCUAACCACGGUUCAAGUGAUAUAAGGCAGUUCAAUGAAACAUAUUUUGUAUACACACUGCUUUUUAUACUCUCCUCUCUUUUCGUUUUUAUUAUUCUUCAUAAUUUAUAAAUGAAUUAACAAAUAUUAUUAUUCAAGAGCCAUAACGGAUCAAUGGGUCUAAAUAAUGAUUAAUUAUGGUUGGGACUAAAGCUUGAAUUACUGAAAUUUAUUCAGACUAUGCUUUUUUGUACAUAAUUAUGUAUACAUUUACGUAACCAAUAGACGAUAAUAGUUGCAAUUUUUGAUGAGUGAUCAAGUAACCACCUCUUGAUUGGUAAUCGACUAUCUAGUCCUUUAUAGUUGAUGAUCAAGGAUUUUAUUCUUGAAUUUUAAUUAGGGGUCCAUUUUUUGAAUCAUCAAUGAAUCGAUUUUCAAAUAGUGAUGGCCUAGGCUUGACUUUUGAGGAGCAUUCUUGCAAGUAAAAAUGUCUUGAACUACAUUCAAAUGUGAAUAAAAUAUUGCUAGUUUUGACUAAACCGUAUUAAAAUGGAUAACGUUUCACCUAACUUUUAUUAACUUGAUUCUCAUUUUUUGGAUUAUUCAUUUGUGUGCGGUUCUGAAUGAUUGCUCUAUCUAUGUUGUAUAACUUGUUCUGAGUAGUUUACUUCAUCUCAACUUUCAAAUGUCUGUUUCAUAACUUGUGCUGCAACAUCUGGUUUAUCAAAGUUCUCUACUUUGUAAAUUUGUUUGUAGUUGAGAAGUUGAUAUUGUGGUAAUUAUUCAUAUUGAAUGAAAAAUACUAAGAAAUUGUCAAAAAACCUCAGAUUUAUUGAUACUUAGAAAGUUAUUAGAAACUUUAUCAGAGAUUGACAAUGGUGUAAUAACGGAAACCGGUCUUUCUAAGUAUCAAUAAAUCUGUGGUUUUUUUGACAAUUUCUUAGUCUUUUUCAUUGAACUUUGUAAAAUACCGAUAAUACAUGCUACAAUUUUGUACUUGUUUGAAAAUUUUGGAUUGAUUCAAUUGUUGUUCAAUUUUAAACAGUCUGUUGUCAGUUGGAAUGUGAAUGUAUAAAAUUGCAUAUUUUAAACAAAAACAAGAGCAAAAAUUUAAAAUAUCCUCCAAAAUCUUUUGGGCCCCAAAAAAUGUCUGCUGAAUGCAUGAAUAUCCAAACAACUAUUAGGCUACAUACUAUUAUAGUGUACAAUAUGUAUUACCUAUGCGUGUAAAUAUGUUUAUAAACUCAUUUAUAUGAAUAUAAUGUCUUGUUGACAGAA